GUGUUACGUAAACGAAAUCAUCCGGCCAUAUUGAAUGCGGAGUUGUGUUUCAAUGAAGCGAANAAUCCCUCCCUCAGUAACAUAAAUAAACUGUACCAUUACUUCGUUCGCAUCGAACCCAACCCGAGCAGCAUAUCGCGUCGAUGCACGGCCAUUAAUUACGAUGGCAAAUCGUUUCAAUUCGAAGGUUUCUCGGUGUUCUUCCAUCGACCUUUGCCCACUCUCUUGCCUCAAACACCGAUAUCGCGUUUCACAAAUGAUUAUCAAUUCAAAUUCAUCACCGAACAACAUCCACCCGAGAAUUUUACUGUGUGCGAUUUGGAAUUAUUUCACAAAUAUUUAUUCGAUGAAAUAAUGGAAAUGUUCGAUCUGAAGCGGUUCGCUUUCGAGGAGACGUCUGGAUGUCCUUACUAUCAUUGCAUGCCGCGAUUCGUCAGACCUUUGCCAGAUAACGGUAAAGAGCUGCUGCCAAUGUCGGUGGUAUUGGAUUAUGUGCUGGAGAAUUAUAAGCCUUUGGUAGGGGAUGAUAAAGAAGCGGAGAAGUUGAAGGAUGACACUGGUGAUGCGUUCCGGGAGUUUGCUGAUAGCAAUCGGGGAAUGUUGAUGAUUAACGCGAAUAAG